AGAGAGAGAGAGAGAGAGAGAGAGAGAGAGAGAGAGAGAGGUGAUCGGGCAACAGUCUGUACAUUGGAGCGACGAGGAUAAACGCGUCCAGUGGCCCGUUGGCGAUUGAUUCACAACCAAUAUACUAAUAAAAAUCAUGUGGAUCAGGCGAUACAUCACCGCACGGCUUCAUUUAAAGACGCGAUGACGCGUUUCAACUAGUUUGGUGCGUUUCGAGGACGCGGCGCCGUUACUUUUCCAUAUAUCAGCGAGCGCGUCACCGGUUGCGCACAGAGACACAGCGGCAGAGAGCGCGGCAGUCAGCGGGAGAAAAGUGCGCACGCACGGGCACGCACAAGCGCGGACACCCGCUCUGUAAACAUGGCUGAUGGUCGUGCGCGGGGCGCUGCCGUGAUCUCCAGACACGCACUCGAUGCUUCCCGUUAAAGAGGAUCAAGACCGUGAUGCUGAUGCGAAGCGGCUCUCCACAAUAAUGACCUACUUCAUUAACGAGCAUUUAAAAUCGGGCCCGUCAUCGGUUCGGAAGAUGGACGUGAUCAUCCCGUACACGUCUGAUGUGCCCUGUGACACGAACGGUCAGCGCAUGUGGUGGGCUUUCCUCGCUUCAUCCAUGGUCACUUUUUUCGGGGGUCUCUUCAUCAUUCUGCUGUGGAGGACUUUCAAGUACCUGUGGACUGUGUGCUGCCACUGCAGGGGUAAAAAGAAGAAUGUGCAGCGGGUGAGUAAUCCAGCUGUCAUCAGUGAUGGUGGGAUUAAAGGAGGAGGGGAUCGUGAGACGGGGGCGCCGCCCAGUGAGGUGGGCUGGAUGACCUCAGUGAAGGAUUGGGCCGGGGUUAUGAUCUCUGCUCAGACGCUCACUGGACGUGUGCUGGUGGUGCUUGUGUUUGCUCUGAGCAUCGGUGCUCUCGUCAUUUACUUUAUUGACUCUUCUGACGCUAUUGAAUCCUGUCAUGAGUUCGACAAGAACAUCACGUUACAGAUCGACAUGGCCUUCAACGUCUUUUUCUUGUUGUACUUUGGACUGCGUUUCAUUGCAGCCAAUGAUAAGCUGUGGUUUUGGUUGGAGGUGAAUUCAGUGGUGGAUUUCUUCACCGUUCCUCCUGUGUUUGUGUCGGUGUAUCUGAACAGAAGUUGGCUGGGAUUGAGGUUUUUACGAGCCCUCAGGCUGAUCCAGUUCUCAGAAAUAUUACAGUUUUUAAAUAUAUUAAAAACAAGUAACUCCAUAAAGUUGGUGAAUUUGUGCUCGAUCUUUAUAAGCACAUGGCUAACUGCAGCAGGAUUCAUACAUCUGGUGGAAAACUCAGGAGAUCCUUGGGAAAACUUCAAGAAUUCCCAGGCACUUUCUUACUGGGAGUGUGUGUACUUACUCAUGGUAACCAUGUCAACAGUGGGUUACGGCGAUGUCUGUGCUAAAACGACACUCGGACGACUUUUCAUGGUCUUCUUCAUUCUUGGAGGAUUGGCCAUGUUUGCCAGCUACGUUCCUGAAAUCAUAGAGUUAAUAGGAAACCGCAAGAAAUAUGGUGGUUCCUAUAGUGCGGUAAAUGGCAGAAAGCAUAUAGUGGUGUGUGGUCACAUCACACUGGAGAGCGUCUCUAACUUCCUUAAAGACUUCUUACACAAGGACAGGGAUGAUGUUAGUGUAGAAAUAGUUUUUCUUCAUAAUAUCUCACCUAAUCUUGAAUUGGAAGCCUUGUUUAAGAGACACUUCACACAAGUGGAGUUUUACCAGGGAUCUGUGCUUAAUCCUCAUGAUCUCGCUCGGGUGAAGAUUGAGUCGGCUGAUGCCUGUCUGAUUUUAGCCAAUAAAUACUGCGCUGACCCUGAUGCUGAGGACGCGUCCAAUAUCAUGAGGGUGAUAUCUAUUAAAAACUACCAUCCGAAAAUCCGAAUCAUUACACAGAUGCUUCAGUACCACAAUAAGGCUCAUCUUCUCAACAUCCCGAGCUGGAACUGGAAGGAGGGAGACGAUGCCAUCUGUCUGGCUGAACUGAAGCUUGGUUUCAUCGCUCAGAGCUGUCUGGCACAGGGUCUCUCCACAAUGCUGGCCAAUCUCUUCUCCAUGAGAUCCUACAUUAAGAUUGAAGAAGACACGUGGCAGAAGUAUUAUUUAGAGGGAGUAGCCAAUGAAAUGUACACAGAGUAUCUGUCCAGUGCCUUCGUGGGUUUGUCUUUUCCCACGGUUUGUGAACUCUGUUAUGUGAAACUUAAACUCCUGUUGAUCGCCAUUGAAUAUAAAUCAGACCAGAGAGAGAGCAGCACGCUGAUCAACCCUGGUAAUCAUGUGAAGAUGCAGGAGGGCACGCUGGGCUUCUUCAUCGCCAGUGAUGCCAAAGAGGUGAAGAGGGCUCUUUUCUACUGUAAAGCCUGUCAUGAUGACAUCACAGACCCAAAGAGAAUCAAGAAAUGUGGAUGUAAACGCUCCAAGAAGCACGGCCACAAGAGAAUGCGUCUGGCAUGUUGUGUAGCUUGCGGCGGGGCAGAACGCGGCUGCUCGUGCAUGUCGGACAGUGUGGCUAGUAACAUGGAGACUCUGCACCGCGGCCUCCCCUUCUCCUCUGUCUCUCUUUAUGAUAACACCACCACUUUACAGUGCUCUAAAAGUAACUAUAACGGAUACAUCAAAUCAAUAAAAGAUGAACUCAAAUCAACAUUCCAGCCCCCGAAUCCUAAGCCCCCCGCUCUGAACCGAGCUCAGGGCGCAGUGAUGUCGCCCCCUGCUGGCCGGGAGGUCAGAGUCUCAGUGCCUUUAGUUAAUAAUCGUAAAGGGAGUCUGUUGUCGCCCGCUGCUUCAUAUCUUCACCGACUCAGUCUGUCCAGCUCUAGAGAACUUCAUCAGAACACUGCGACCUCUGACAUCACACGUCUACAUCGGGCCUGCAGUCUGCCUGUCAGAUACAGAUAUCAUUCCAGCUGUACAUCCAACAUCAGCCGGCACAUGUGCUUAGUGGAGGAAGAACAACACUCGGCUCUGUCACCUAAGAAGAAACAGCAUAACGGAGGCAUGAGAAACUCACCCACCUGCUCACCCAAAAUCAUCAGGCACGACCUGUUGCUCAUCACGGGACAUGAUCAUCAGAUGGAAACAAUGGAUGAGAAUAUAAAGAAAUAUGAUUCCACUGGAAUGUUUCAUUGGUGCCCAUCAAAAGAAAUCGAGAGGGUCGUACUGACCAGAAGUGAAGCAGCGAUGACUGUUCUCAGCGGUCACGUGGUGGUUUGUAUAUUUGGAGAUGUGAAGUCGGCUCUGGUCGGUCUUCGUAACCUGGUCAUGCCGCUGAGAGCGAGUAACUUUCACUAUCAUGAGCUGAAGCCCAUCGUGUUUGUGGGAUCUCUGGAGUAUCUGAAGAGAGAAUGGGAGACGUUACACAACUUUCCCAAAGUCUCCAUCUUACCUGGAACUCCACUGAGCCGUGCUGAUCUGAGAGCAGUCAACAUCAACCUGUGUGACAUGUGCGUCAUUCUGUCAGCCAAUCAGAACAAUAUCGACGACGCUUCUCUGCAGGAUAAAGAAUGCAUUCUGGCAUCUCUCAACAUCAAGUCCAUGCAGUUUGAUGACAGCAUCGGUCUGCUGCAGGCAAACUCUCAAGGUUUUACUCCUCCUGGGAUGGAUCGCUCAUCUCCGGAGAACAGUCCAGUACAUGGACUGGUGCGACAGACGUCGAUAACCACAGGAGCAAACAUUCCCAUCAUCACAGAACUCGCUAAAACAGACAAGUUGCUGCCCCUGGUUUCUCUAAGCCAGGACAAGAGCAGUGGAACCAACAUCCCAAUGAUAACAGAGCUGGUAAACGACUCAAAUGUUCAGUUUCUGGAUCAGGACGAUGAUGACGAUCCUGACACAGAACUGUAUCUCACACAGCCCUUCGCCUGCGGGACGGCGUUUGCUGUCAGUGUUCUGGACUCAUUAAUGAGCGCUACGUACUUUAAUGAUAACAUUCUGACCCUGAUCCGGACGCUGGUUACUGGAGGUGCCACGCCGGAGCUGGAAGGUUUGUUGGCGGAGGAGAAUGCCCUGCGGGGAGGUUACAGCACACCACAAACUCUGGCCAAUAGAGACCGCUGCCGGGUCGCCCAGCUGGCACUUUAUGAUGGACCCUUCGCUGAUCUUGGGGAUGGUGGAUGUUAUGGAGACUUGUUCUGUAAAGCUUUGAAAACAUACAACAUGUUGUGUUUUGGGAUAUAUCGCUUAAGAGACGCACAUUUGGGCAACCCCACCCAGUGUACCAAACGAUAUGUGAUCACAAAUCCUCCGUACGACUUUGAGUUGGUGUCUACAGAUCUGAUCUUCUGUCUGAUGCAGUUUGACCAUAACGCCGGUCAGACCCGCAGCAAUCUGUCCACUCACUCCAGCCACUGCCCGAGCAAAAAGAGUCCGUCUGCUCACUCCAUCCCCACCUCCAUCCGGCCGGGUCGCAGCCGCAGUCGAGACAAACAGAAUGCGACCAGGACGAAUCGAAGCGCUUCAGAGAAAAACUGGUACACAGAUGAAUCUGAGAACAGCUUCAGGACCACACAAAUCAAACACAGCAAUACACAUUCAGCCAAUCAGGUGAAUCAGUACAAAACAACCAGCAACAUCAUCCAACCAAUCAGAGAAGUGGAAGAAGAGACCUGAGUUGAUAUCUGGACUGGUCUUGGCUACUAUUCAUCAACUAAUUCACCUGAUAUUAUUUACAUUUCAACAGUAUGGUACAGUGGAUCUCAACUGGUUUUACUUGAUGAGGACAUAAAGUGAGAUUUAGACAUAGAGACGAGUAGAAUGUACUACACCUGCUGUAGAUAACAGCAGUAACCAGUUAUCUUACAUACUAAAGUUGUCAUCAUUAGUGGCAUCAUUAUUUAAAUCAUAUACCAAAGACCAUAAGUAAACGUAAUGCAUGCCACAUAUCGCGUCGAGUGGGCGCAGGUCCUCCCUCGGUCCACCAAAACCCAACCUGGGUGCCCAAAGCCAAACCAAAUGCUGGACACAUCAAAUAAAACAAAAGCUUCAGUAUUAGCUGGAUCCAAUGGCAGCUUAUUUCUGUUCUCAUACCAAUGAUUUAUACAUCAUAGCAAUAAAAUGCUGUUUUAUAUGUUUGAUUUAAUAUUUGUGUAUUUGCUUUUUACUUUAAUGUUGACUGCUGAGAUGAAUCAUACUUUUUCUAAGAUAUGGUAACAAAUGGUAACAUUCAGCAAAACCAACAGAAUCUUUAUACUAUACUGUAUAGGAUUAAAAUAAUCGCUCUUGACUGAUUGUACAGAAAGUGCUUUACAAAUGUGUGUCAACUUACUGUAUGUCUGUAUGUGAUCAUACUGUAAGGUCUGCUCAUGGAUAUGUUGUCACUGUAACUUCAUAGUAAGUGCCUCGAAAAGGACUUAAGUAUUAUGAUUUAAUUUGAACUUCAGCCUUUAUUCACUGGUGCACUCUGAUUUAAACUGGUACAGCUGGUUUUACUACAGUAAUUGCCAUUAAGUAAAACUUCAUCGCAUGUGCUUUCGUUCCUGCAUUCGCUUGUACGUGAAUGAAAGUGACUAAAAGACAAACACCUGCUCGGAUAUCAUACUGAAGUUUUAAUAGUUUCCACACAGCUUGUAAAGUGCAAUUGAAAAACAUUCCAAGUCUUGUAUAAUGUUAUAUUUAAUUUGCAGUAUUUUAGAAGUGUAUUUAUUUUCAUCUAAUGAAGCUUUAUUAUCUUCUGUCAGAUUGUGUUUAAACCUCAAGCUUUGGUCUUCGCUUCUUCAGUCAUUCCAGUGUUUCAUAUUAAAAGCUCAGAUCAUACAUGUGCAUUAUAUUGCUUCACAUAAGCCUUAAUAGAGCUGAUCUUAGAUCAGUCGUGCCGGGCAGAGCUGGACUCGAGGGAGGACCUGCACAGACCCACUCCAGCGAGAAGUGGCACUACGAGAUUUCAACGUUUAAUAGCUGAAUGACUGAGAAGUGAAACCUGAGCUUAAGGUGUUUGAUUUUUUUAUAAUGUGAGCAAUUCAUUUUUUUAAGGUGGACAAUGUAACAAAAUAAAUGUUAUUUAAACGAGUCUUAAGCUUUGAAAAGUAAAUCAUUUUGUGUGGAACAGGUGUUAUAAAAUGAUGAAUGAUGUGUGUUACUGUAAGUACUUCCAUGUCACUAUAUAAAUAGUAAUGCAGAUAUAAAUGCAAUAUAUUAUAUUGUACAAAAGGCUGUAAAUAAAAUGUACAUGAUCUUAUUUUGUAUUUUCACAGAAUAAAUAUGGAUGUAUUA